GAUGGUUGAUGUAGACGAGUGGACCGACGGCAAAGAUGACCACAAACUCAUCGCUAAUCCAUACCCUCCCCCAGUGCUCCCGACGAGUAAUUGGCCACGGCCACAAGGGCCCAUUCCCACUUAUAUUCGACCCAAGAUGCAAAUCCCUCGUCCAGUGACUGAAGUUGAACUUGAUGAUUUCCUCGCUGGAAUCGCUCCAGCACCAGAAACGCUUCCAAAGCCGGAGAUAUCAGCAACGAAAGAAGAACCCAAUGACGAGCUGACUUCAGCUGAUAUCGAGUUCGAGUCGCAAGAGGAUAGGUUCUUCGAAGGAUUGAAUGCGAAUGUUUCCAGAUUGCUUCGGGAGAAGAGUAUCUCACAAUUGCCAUUGUCGGACGUGCAGGGUCCAGACUCAAACGGAAAUCCCUCAAAUUCAACUACUCAAACCAACGUGGAACACAAUGCUAAUCAAUCUGGAUCGAAGAUGAACCACAACAUAGACAGGAAACCUCUGAAGAGCGAACUCGAAGACCUGAACGUCAAAUAUGGGAAGACCUAUACUGCGGGGCGUAAGCUUGAGUCUGCUACCGCAUGAAGAAUGCUGCCGCGCGCGGUGUGCUGAAUCCCUAUCAUAUAUGGCAGAAGAGGAACAAGAAACCAAGCUUUUCGCCCUGAAGCGAGAGCAUGAAGGAGAAGACACGCGUGACAGCAAAAAGCAUCGAAGGUCACUAAAAUAGAGAGCAUUCC